AUGAGAGAGUUCUUCAGAGCUGACUCAAUAUUGAGAGUUCAAACUCUGACUCGCGCAGGGCUUGAGUGGGGUCAUCGCAACAUUCUUCUCUACCCAUGCAUUGUCUCAGUGAGAAACUGGAUUGGAAACUACUGCUACUUUUCCGAGGCUACUACAUGCAUCCGAGGUUAUUCAUCCCUGUUGAAUUUGCUAAAAUAUGAAUAUGGUUUGAAUACUUUAAGUUAUGUUUUAUUCUUCUCUAUAAAGAGCUCUGGUAGCUUCGUAAACCACGCGUUAGUGAAUAUCUUGAUAACGUACCUCAAUGAUAAUUGGAGUACACCACAUUUUGAAAUGGCUGCCCUAGUUACAAAUGUCCAAGAAGGGGUAUCAGGCAUCAUGGUGAUUGUUCUUGCUCAUAUAUCAGGCACGCACAUGGCUCGUUUUAAAACGAUUGCGUCCACAAAUGCUGCUUUCUUUCUUUUUAUGAGCACACAUACUGAGGCUAAGGUAUACUAUGGAGCAGCGCCACUGAUAGUAUUAGGGGAAGCUGGUCGAUCGGCUACAUUGCAGGAAUUUCUUGAGGAUCAAUAUUUUAGUGAACAGAAAGAAAGAACGUCCACUGAAGAAAAUUAUUUAAAACGACUGGAAACUCGUAAAGAAGCUUUGUGGCCCCAUCCCUGGUUUUUAGGUGCAUUGUUAGCUGUUUUACUUCCAACUGGGUCCUGGAAAACUACGUUCAUGAUUUCAGCAAUUUUAGUGGGAGUCGCUAGUUUUGUGUUCUUGUAUGGCUACUCCUGUUACUUCGGGAUUGAUGCUCAUGAGAUUGGUGACGUUGACGCCCCAGAGCAGGAGAUCAAUGAAGAUGACGAGGAGGAGGACGCCCCAGAGCAGGAGAUAAAUGAAGAUGCCAAGGAGGAGGACAACAACCUUAGUUAG